AUGCGUUUCAUCUAUUCUGCUACGACUUUUUUGGCCGCCUUCGCCUUAGCUGCACCCCAAUCUCAUCCUUCUUCGGAGCUAGAACAUGAAGAUGACUUCGACAAUGACCACAAGAAGGAUCUUCAAUACAUCACGGCUUGGUGCAAUUCGGAUGAAGAAUGUGCCAGCGGCUGCUGUGCGGCCAUUUCUCACGAUGAGGCCAUCUGCUCUGCCCCUUUGGUUGCCUACCUUGAAGGCAAAUACGGUUGUGGCUUUGGCGAUUCCACGAAGAAAAUUGCCCAGGGUAUCGAUGUCACCCUGCCAGGUUUCAACAAUGUCGGCACUGGAAACAAAGCGCAAUUCAUCACCGGUCAAUGCUGGAGCGACGAUGAUUGUGCGAGCGGGUGCUGCGCUGGACACAAAGACCACAAGGGGGGAUUUUGCUCCGCCAAGUUGAUUGCGGAACAGGAUGGCAGGACUGGUUGCGGAUAUCUGGAGUAGUCCAGUUGGCGCUGUACAUUGAGUUAGGAAUCACAGCACACGCAGGGACUUGAAUUGGAGCAUUGUUACUGUCACGUCUCACUUGAUGCGAUGAAUGCCAAACCGAGUUUCUUCACG